GUGUCCAUUUGUCUACAUCCGUGCUCAAAUGAGUCACAUCUAUGUUUCUCUUUCUCCCUUCGCCUUUCAGUUCUGACAUUUAGCACAACGGAACUGUAGCCCGACCAGUCGGCCACGUUCUCCCUUUUUUUCUGUAGUUUUUAUAAAAGAUAAGGUACUUGUCUUUGCCUAUCCUCCUCACCCGAGCUGAAAUGGACAGGGGCUCAAGCUCUAGGGCCGGUAGCUCAGGGGACGCUUUCAAGGGUCUCCAGUUUGGGAAAAAGAUCAGUUUUGACGAUGUGAGUGGGGCUGAGAGUUCCUCGAAGUCUGGGACCGCUCCGGCGUCGCCGGAUAUGAGGCAGCUGGUGGCGGGGAGGAAGGCAAAAGGGGCGGCGCAGGGAUGUGGGCAACCGCUCCCUCCGCCGAGAUGCCAGGUGGAAGGGUGCAAUUUGGAUCUGAAAGGGGCAAAAUCUUAUUACUGCCGACAUAAGGUUUGUGGGAUGCAUUCGAAGUCUCCUAAGGUGAUUGUUGCUGGACUUGAACAGAGGUUUUGCCAACAAUGCAGCAGGUUCCACCUGCUUAAAGAAUUUGACCAAGGGAAAAGAAGUUGCCGUAGACGUCUUGCAGGACAUAAUGAACGUCGUAGGAAGCCACCUCCAGGUCUUUUACCAUCACACUAUGAUGACAGUGGCAGGCGUGGUAGAGGUUUCCUCAUGGACUUCAUGCAUCCAAGGCCUCCAGAUACUGCAAAAAACAUGUUGUGGCCAACCAUGAGAAGCAGCGACCGGGUAGUCACUAAUCAGUUGCAGGGAAAAAGCAUUCAAUCUUCAGGAGGGGUUAUUAGUGAUGAACUCCCCACACUAUUCUCCGUUCCAGAACUUGCUCCCGGUGAUUGCAUUGCAGCUAUACUUGCAGGUGUAUCAGAUAGCACCUGUGCUCUCUCUCUUCUGUCAACUCAGCCAUGGGAUGUGGUCCCGGCUUCUGCUGCCACACCAAGCUCCGAACUUGAGAUGGCUCAAGGAAGCAGCUAUGUGAAUAGUUCCUGGGCGUUCAAAGAUCAUGCAGCAGGUAGUGGCAGCUCUCAUGAAAUGGGAUUCAGGCAAAUCCAGGAUGCUGGGAAUUGCCACUUCUCAGGUGAGCUUGAGCUGGCUCCUCAGGGCAGCAGGCAUUGCCCUGAUGAUGUCAGCCCUAGCGAACUUUAUGACCACCUUCAUGAUUUACACUGGCCUCUUUAAUUAGACCAUAUGCUUUAAUGGUUUUCUGAGUUUCUAAACACUUUUGACCUGUUUAUUCAUAAGAUUUUUAUUGUUUUUUUUAGCACGGAACUUCUCAUCUGGUAGCAUAUCUGAGAACUAAACCCCCUUUUCAAGUAUUUGUAACUGGAGUUUCAUGUCUGUUGUAAACGUUUGCAGACUUGCAGAAAGAUGGCAUGAUUUGGUUUAAUAGUAAUUUUGCUGAAGUUUGCAUACUGGUAAAGCUGGUGUGUAUCGUAAAAGAUUUGAGUAGUAUUCGUGUAAGUAGUGUUUAGCUGUUAGAUAUGUAAUUGCCUAUGUAU